AUGGGUGAUAUGCUUACCAAGCCGGAAACUCAGAAAUUCUCGACCGUGUUCGAGACGUCCCACCUGCGUGUAGGGUGCUGCAGUAUGCAGGGAUGGAGAAAAUCGAUGGAGGAUGCUCAUGUCGCGCAGCUGAAUCUGAAUGGUAACAAAGACCAGGCUUUCUUUGGUGUUUUUGACGGCCAUCAAUCAGAUGAGGCGUCACGCUACUGUAGAGCACACAUGCUGGAUGAGUUACUCAAGAACAUUGCUAUAUACAAGGAUGACAUCGCGAAAGCGUUUGAGGUUUCUUUCAAAGAAGCGGACAGCCAAAUUUGCAAGAAGUUUGUGUCCAGUGGUACCACUGCAAACUGUGUUUAUUUGGCUAAGCAGCGAAUAGUUUGUGCAAAUGCCGGCGACAGCCGCGCCGUGCUAUAUCGAGGUGGCAAGGCUGUUCCCCUUAGCGUGGACCACAAGCCCUCGGUCCCUGCGGAGGAGGCGAGAAUUAUCGCCGCUGGGUGUCACGUAGAAAAUGGGCGUGUUAACAUGGCGCUGGCUGUCAGUAGAGCCUUAGGUGACGUGGACUUUAAAUGUUGCACUGAGAAGAGUUGGACGGAUCAGGCCGUUACUGCCUGUCCUGAUAUUACGGUGACACCGUCGCGAAGUGAUGAUGAGUUCAUCGUAAUAGGGUGCGAUGGCAUAUGGGAUGUAUUGUCCAACGAGGAGUGCUGCAACCUUGUGAAAACACUGAUCCAAAACAAGGACGUUGACAAGAAUGGACAUCCUGUUGCAGUGGAUAUUAGUCUUGUUUGUGAACAGGUUCUUGAUCGCUGCCUUGCUCAGUCGAACUCCGUCAAGGCCGGUACCGACAACAUGACUAUUAUCGUUGUUGAGUUCAAGCCGCCAUUUUUCAAAUCCUAA